CAGCAAAAAGUGGGUUCCUACUUUUCCUCCAUAAUAAUUUGCCGCCCAGAAACCCUAAACAAACUUUGACUCCAAAAACAUCAGGACUUCAGGAGUCAGUUUAGGAUCAAGAAGCUCACCAUCUUCCAGUUGGCAUUGCAUUGGGUGCCAGCACUGCCAGAUAAAUCAGCCUCAACCAUAGCCUUUACAUUCUGAAUCAGCCUCGAUCUGCUACAGUCGCGAGCUCUUUUAGCACAAAGGAAACAGCUGACUGAAGAGAUGUCAAACAACGAUGAUGCAGUUGGAGUUCUAAGAACAUUAAGAGAUGCCCAACCAGCUCACUACCUUUUCAAAAUAGAGUCUUUCUCGAUACUCAGCGAAGAGAAGAUUGAAAAAUAUGAAUCAGAUGAUUUUGAAGUCGGUGGCUAUAAGUGGGGAUUGUGCUUCUAUCCAAAUGGAAAUAAGAAAAGAAACAGUGAUGGUCACAUCUCGCUCUACCUAGUAAUAAGGGAUACAGACAAACUUCCUCAGGGUUGGGAGGUUAACGUCCAGUUUAAAUUCUUCAUCUUUGAUCAUAUAAGGGACAAGUAUUUAACCAUACAAGAUUCUGAUGGUAGAACAAGGCGUUACCAUCGGAUGAGGACUGAAUGUGGUUUCUCUAAGUUACUUUCACUGGAUACAUUCGAGGAAUCAACCAAUGGAUACCUCCUUGAUGAUUCUUGUUUACUUGGAGUGGAGGUUUUCGUUAUUAGAUAUGCUGGCAAAGGAGAGUGUCUAUCCAUGAUAAAGGAGCCUGAUGCCAAUACUUAUACGUGGACGGUUGAUAAUUUCUCAGCAAUUAGUAUGCAAUCUCUUUACUCAGAGGAAUUUAAUAUCGGGGGACAAAAUUGGAAGCUAAAGUUGUAUCCCAAAGGAAAUGAAAAGGCGAAAGGCGAAAGUCUAUCCCUCUAUUUCUUGGUAGCUGAUUGUGAAAAGCUUCCUCUUAACUGGAAAUCUUAUGCCAAAUUUAAGCUGCGUGUGAGGGACCAGGUCCUAGGUGUUCACCAGGAAAAACUAGCUAGCAACUGGUUCUGUGCCUCGACGGAGGACUGGGGUUUCCAAAGCUUUAUGUUGCUGAGUGAUUUAACGGACAAAUCCAGUGGCUUUAUAGUGAAGGAUACUUUAAUCAUUGAGGUAGAAGUUUUAGUUAUGUCAGUGGUUAAGUAUUUCUCAUGAUCAAUAUUUGUAGAGUAACAAACACUGUCUGUGACGAAACUGUGUCUGUAUGUUUUGGGAUUCCAUGUGUUGCUAACUUGCUAUUGUCGUUAUGAUACUUGGUUGGUUUUUUGUACUAUGCUCCGUUGAUGGAGAACUUCAAUAUUUGUGUAAUUACCAUGGUUGUGGUACCAUGUUAAUGGUGUCGUCAUGAUUCUUGGUUGGAUUGUUGUACUGUGCUCCGUUAAUGGAGAAUUUCAGUGUUUGUGUAAUUACCAUGUUAUAAUUAGAGAUGCGAUUUUG